CGUUGGUGAACCCGGUGCAAACAAUAAUAACAGUCAUGUUAAUUUUUAUUUGCAAUUACCAGUUAAACAUGGUCGUGGAAGACCCAAAAAGGUUCAAUUUCUAAACGGUAAUGGUGUUGAAAUUAAUUCUGGUACUAAUGAACCUGAUGCCAACAACAAUAAUAGUGAUACUAUUGAUAGUUUACAAUCAUUAGUUAAACGUGGUCGCGGAAGACCCAAAAAACAUCAGGAUCUAAAUGGUAUUAACAGUGAUACUAAUACUCAUUUGUUAUCAUCAGUUAAACGUCGCGGAAGACCAAAAAAAGAGAUUUUCAAUGGUAAAGAUGCUGAAAUCAAUCCCAGUAUUAGUGAACCUGGUGCAAACAACGAUAAUAAUGAUGAUAAUGCUUAUUUACAAUCAUCAGUUAAGCGUAGUCGUGGAAGACCCAAAAAAGUACAGUUUCUAAAUGGUAAUGGUAUUGAAACCAAUCCUGGUGUUGACGAAUCUGGCGUAAACAACAACAAUAGUGAUACUAAUGGUAGUUUACAGUCAUUAGUUAAACGUGGUCAUAAAAAUAAUACUGUCCCUACAGGAAAUGGAAAUAGGGUUGGAGGCGAAAAACAAAAAAAAGCUAAAGUACAUAGAAGUAAUAGACAAAUAAAGAAUAAAAGUGCAGAUAAUAAUCAAUCACAUCAAUCUAACAUUCCUAAUAAAAAACCUGGGCUUGGUAGACCAAGACAUCAAGAUAAACUUGAAAAUAAUCAUGAAGAAGAAUCCAAAAAAUAUAAUAUCAUUAAACGUGGCCGGGGUAGGCCAAGUAAUAAUAAUGUCAUAUCACACACAUCACAAGAUCAUAAUAAAUUAAUUACAGCUUUGGAGAAUAUAGAUAAAAAUCUAAAAAUUGAUUUUUCAGAUCAAGUUGAAGUUCCAGUAAAACGUGGUCGUGGUAGACCAAAGAGAAUUGGUGAAGAAAUCAAUAACCCUGCUGCUCAAAGUUCCAAGAAACGUAAAUUGAAUAACACAGAUGAUAAAAAUAAUACUGUCCCUACAGGAAAUGGAAAUAGGGUUGGAGGCGAAAAACAAAAAAAAGCUAAAGUACAUAGAAGUAAUAGACAAAUAAAGAAUAAAAGUGCAGAUAAUAAUCAAUCACAUCAAUCUAACAUUCCUAAUAAAAAACCUGGGCUUGGUAGACCAAGACAUCAAGAUAAACUUGAAAAUAAUCAUGAAGAAGAAUCCAAAAAAUAUAAUAUCAUUAAACGUGGCCGGGGUAGGCCAAGUAAUAAUAAUGUCAUAUCACACACAUCACAAGAUCAUAAUAAAUUAAUUACAGCUUUGGAGAAUAUAGAUAAAAAUCUAAAAAUUGAUUUUUCAGAUCAAGUUGAAGUUCCAGUAAAACGUGGUCGUGGUAGACCAAAAAAAGAAAAUUUAAAUGAUAAGGUUGCUGAAACCAAUCUAAACAAUAAUAACAGCAAUGUUAAUGUUUAUUUGCAAUCACCAGUUGAACAUGGUCGUGAAAGACCCAAAAAAGUUCAGUUUCUAAAUGGUAAUGGUGUUGAAAUCAACCCUAAUAUUGAUGAACCUGCUGCAAAAAACAAUAACAGUGAUACUAUUGAUAGUUUACAAUCAUUAGUUAAACGUGGUCGCGGGAGACCCAAAAAACAUCAGGAUCUAGAUGGUAAAAGUAUUGAAAUCAAUCACUGUAUUGAUGAAUCUAAUGCAAACAAUAAUAACAGUAAUGAUAAUGUUCACUUGCUAUCAUCAGUUAAACGUGGUCGUGGAAGACCAAAAAAAGAGAUUUUGAAUGGUAAAGAUGCUGAAAUCAAUCACAGUAUUGGUGAACCUGGUGCGAACAAUAAUAACAGUGAUGAUAAUGUUUAUUUGCUAUCAUCAGCUAAACGCAGUCGUGGAAGACCAAAGAGAGAGAUUUUAAAUGGUAAAGAUGCUGAAAUCAAUCACAGUAUUGGUGAACCUGGUGCGAACAAUAAUAACAGUAACGUUAAUGUUUAUUUGCAAUCAUCAGUUAAACGUGGCCGUGGAAGACCCAAAGUUCAGUUCCUAAAUGGUAAUGGCGUUGAAACUAAUUCUGGUACUGAUGAGCCUGAUUCCAACAACAAUAAUAUUGAAAUCCAUCCCUUUAAACGUGGUCGUGGAAGACCAAAAAAAGAGGUUUUAAAUGGUAAAGAUGCUGAAAUCAAUCACAGCGUUGGUGAACCCGGUGCAAACAAUAAUAACAAUUCAAAAUAUCAUAUCAACAAAUAUCUUUCAAAACGUCCUAUUGGUGUUCCUAAAAAUCUUUAUUUACACAUUGGCAUGAAACUGAUAUUUGGUAUAAAAAACAUAUAG